GGUGUGAUGGACUAGUACGCAAUGCUCCCUCGCAAGGCACAGCAAACUUCUUUCUCAACGCGCGAGUGCUGCUUAGUGAAUUGCUUGCUGGCUGGCCAAAAGCUGGUGGCAGUUAUUGUGUGAAUUGGAGAAUCUUGGUUUGGAUGUUUGGAAAUUAGAAGCAAAAUCAAAUACGCCUUGUGCUAGUUGGAUUCGUAAACAGGUCUCAGUCGUUGUACCAGCUUUAUCAUCAUGGACUUUGACAGUUGAUGCAGUCCAAACUGACUUCCAAACUGAAGGGUAUGAUCUUCUCCGAGCGGCCCGUCACUCGGUCUGGUCGCACGCCCACCAAAGACGAGGCACAGGCGGAGCUUAUCUCGGACGGGGCGGGGCCUAGCUCGGACGGGGCCGCGGAGGCGGAGCCUCACAAGACUCAAAACCCUUCGCUGGAAGAAGGGGCCGGAUCCGUAAAAAAACAACGAAAUGGCAAGAAGAAAAAGAGCAGCAUGAAGAAGCGGGAAUCCCCAGAGAAGGGCUCGCUCCAGCGACAAAAUCAACUCAUCAGAGGGCACCAGAAACAUGACAGCACGCAGCAAGUCCACGUCUGUGAUUACAGUGUGGGCGGGGCUUCCAACAUCGAACCAAUCAAACACUUCAUCGACUCAUGUAACAAUACUCCUAUUCGUAACUUGACUUCCAAGAAUUCCGUCGCCGAUGACAUGCGAGUUUUGCUCAAUGUGGGCGGAGUCAGGCACGAAACUCACGUGGCCACCCUCAGAAACGUGCCCAACUCUCGCCUCUCACGAUUGGCUGAUAUGCACAUUAACAGUGGGCGGGGCAAACAGGAGUACUUCUUCGACCGACACCCGUCUGUCUUCAAUUCCAUUAUCGACUUUUACAGAACAG